AUGGCGCAUUCACUCCGACCAGGUACUGGUCCAAGAAUACCUAUCCCCGCUGCUCGAUCUAACUCUCAGUGUACUUUUGUAGCUCAGGGGGAAUCUGGAGCUUCCUCUCAACAUGGAGGCUCCGCUUCUGGACAAAAUCUUGGAACCUUAGCUCCGAAUAAAGCAAUUGAAAUGGCAAACCGCACUGUUAUAUUGAAAAAGACUACAAUUCUACCAUUUUUAACUUGCAAGAUUUGUGAUGAAUUACUGGAGGAUGCUACCGCUAUUGUUGAAUGUCUUCAUUUAUUUUGCAAGAAGUGCAUCCAUCACAAAAUUAUUGAAGAGAAAUUAGAACAUUGUCCAGUGUGCGAUCUAGAUUUGGGACCUAAACCUCUCGAGAAAUUGAGGCAUGACGAAAGUAUGCAAUCAAUAAGGAACACAAUAUUUUCUCCAAGAAAAAGAAAUAUUGAUAAUAAGGCAGAUGAUAAUGUUGCCAAUGCUGAGAAGAAUGAGUUAUUAGGUGACCUUGGCAGAAUUUUGUUUGAAGAUCCUGAGAAUGAAAAGGAUAUGGCAUUAAAAUAUUUGCUAGAUACUUCAAAUGAACAUGUAGAGAAUAUCAAAGAGAGUUUGCUACCUUCUGAAAAGAGUCUUUGCAUGCAAAACAAAAAUGUUAUGGGUAAAGGUAUUUGUCUUGAUAAUGUGGAAGAAUACAAUACUGAUGAACUUGAACAAAUGGAAGAUAAUAACAAUGGCUCUCAAGUGGAAAAAUCUAUACAGAAGAAAAAGAAGCAUAAGAAAAAAACAAAAAACAUCGCUGAAAUUUACCAAAAACAUGAAACAAUUAUUAUUUCUGGAGAAUCAAUUGAAUAUUUACCUUUAGCUUUGGAAAAUUUUGAUCAAGUUAACAUUUUAAGGGAUAAUUCUUCAUUUUGGAUCUGCUUAGAAGCUUCAGAAAAACAGUGA